CUUCUGUGAUAGCUCUUCUUUGGCACUUAAGCGACUUGUGGCCAAAGAGCAUCUGUGCAAUGUUUUAUGUUUGGAGUCAUCCCAGGUGCUUGCUUCCCCCAUAUUUUUAACCCUUUCUAAAGACACUUUGUCAACGGUUGGAAGAACAUCGUUCUCAGACCCUGAGAAAUCUGGACUCUUUUAGCAGUGUGCUACCUAAAGGAAUAUAAGGAGUUGCUACUUGCAGCUUCCUUGCAAUUAAUUUUUUGGUACUUGUACCUCUCUUUCUGUGGUUUUAGAUCAAGAAACGCCAUGAGCACAACUCAACGAAAGCGCCGUGGAGGAGCGGUUAAUUCUAGGCAAGCUCGGAAACGAAACAGGUUGAUGGCUUCAACCACAGAAAUGGCUUCAGAAGCAGAGCCAAUAGAACUUGAAGAAAGUGCUGGUGAGGAAGUAGUAGAUCUCACAUGUGAAUCUUCUGAUCCUGUAGUCGUUGAUCUAACUCACAAUGAUUCUGUUGUGAUUGUUGAAGAGAAUCAGCGACAAAGGAGAAAUCUCAGACUAAGAAGCCAGCGACAGUCGGACAGCUGUGUACUGAGUAGCGAUGAUGAAGAUGAAACAAGAGAUAAUGAUGUGUAUGUGACAGAUAAAGUAUCUCGAGAAUUGGGACCACUGGAAGAUGAAACUGCAAGUUCUAAGCCGUCUGGUACCGUUAGCUGUCCGAUUUGCAUGGAUGGCUACUCAGAGAUUGUGCAAAGCGGACGACUGAUUGUGUCAACUAAAUGCGGCCAUGUCUUCUGCAGCCAGUGCCUCCGUGAUUCCCUUAGGAACGCCAACUCUUGCCCAACCUGCAGGAAGAAACUCACUCACAGACAGUAUCAUCCCAUUUAUAUAUGAGUCCUUCUCUUUCUCAGGACAGACUCAACAGGAUUUUGGGGGAAAAUGUCGUGUUUUCAGUGCUCUGAAGAUUUAAAGAGCAGCAGGUUGUCCACACAUCCAAAUAAAACUGAUUCUUUUUGGGUUUUGGAGAAUAACUUGUACGUAUAUAGACAGCUUUUUUUUAUGGUCCAAGCUGCUUCUUGUUAGGUCCCUGGUUAUAAUGUUGAAUUUGUGACUGUCUCUAAAGUAGACCAGCAGCCUAUAUCAGAAAGGAAGCAGCUAAUCCAUUUCCUUCUACUUUUUUUAAUGCUUAAAUAAGAGGGGUCUGAAUAUUUUGUUAUUUCUUACUCUUUAAAUUAUUCCCACUGUCGCAUACAGGUAUGGAAUAGUUACCUUUCAAAACACAGAUGACCAAUUUGCCAUUUCAUUACACUUUUGUUUUUAUCCUGUGAGAAGCUCAUGACUACAUUGCUUUCUGCCAUACCAUCUUUGCCCAAGUGGAAUAAGUUGUAACGAUGGCUCGUUUUAUCAUAAAUCCAUAUUAAAUUGACAGCCAAGGUCAUGCAAUAAAGUAACCUGCUGUUAACCAGCAAUCAGGUGUUUUAAGCAGAAGGCUUGAACAUGUAGAUGUCUUUAUGAACUCCAUGAGAUCUAAAGUGUGUAGACAAAUUGCAACGUGUACAAUGUGAAAUUGCUUCUUUGAAUGUUUUAACUGCCAAGAAUUCCUGUAUUUGAAUCACAACACUGAAUUUAUUUUCCGAGGUGAUGAGAUGGUCUCUUGGGUUCACUACUGUUCUAUAGCGUGCUCUCCUGAUCACUAAGGAGAAUGUAGUCUUCUCUAAGGCUUGCUAGUGAUGAAUAAGCAGCAAACUGUAUGCUGUCCUCUUGUCAGCUGAAUACCAAACUACCCACAGAUCUUCUUACUGUAUCAAGCGUACCCAGCGUAAUGCUUCAAGUUCAGCGCGUUCACUUGGCUGUUCUCUUCAGUUGUUGACACAUGACUGGUUUUAGCCUGGUGCAUUGGAUUAAAAAUUAAAUAAUUGUGUUGCCGCAGAUUUAGGCAGUGGAGGCUUUAAAAGAUGUGUUUGGUAGCAAUCUUGACUUGGUAGCUUUUUGAGAGAGAAGUUUAAUCUCUCUUUGCCCUGAGGGUUGUCCAGCUUUCUUUAAAAGUGUUUUUAGAAAAGACGACAACUCGGAUACCUGUCCAGGGUGAGAGAAUUCCUCUAUUUAAGGAAGGCAGGAAUACACAGGUUUAUGCACUGUUAUCCAGUCACUUCCCGCCCCCCCCCCCCCCCCCCAGGAGUGAGUUAUAAAUGUCUGCUUUAAACCUGUUAUAGCUAAAAUCUGCAAGCUGAUGUGGAACCCCCGAUGAGCUGAUACAAACAGGAUUACAGUAAUUAAAUGUAGAUGAGAUGAUUAAAACCAGUACUUUAUGAUCCACAUCUGCAGUAGCUACAUCUAUGAAAAAGUCCAAAAUGAAACUCGGACAACUUCUGGCAGUUGGUUGAUUAUGAAAACCAUUAGAAGCACCAUCCUGUGCUGCGGUGCAGCACAACUGUAGGAUGUGUUCAGUUAACAUUGAUACCUGAUGUGUCUUUGCUAACCUGUCCUGGGGGUCUGUAGGAAGCCUUUAAUUAAAGCAGCUCUUCUAAUUAGGUGUCUCAAGUUCUGUAUUGAAGAUUGCAACCCAAACGUAAAGAUGUUUUUCAUUAGGAUGUUUAGGGCUGUUUCUGGAUGUAGUACUACAGAGUUUUGUUCCAUAAAGGCUGGCUUAAGAAAUGCAGUACCUUCCCCACCCUGGUUUGGAAUAGCUUUGGUUCAGCGCCGUUAUCAGGAAUAUGCAGUUUCUGCAUCGUGGCAGUAUGGUAACUGCUAAAAAGUGACACGUGUUUAGUUACUGUGUGCUCCCAUUGGUAAUAUAAACUACAAGCAAGGACGACAGCAGUCUUAGGGCAGUGCGGUGAGAACAGCGGCUGGCAUUGGUGUCCCAAGAAGCAGAUAAUUGAUGAAACAAUUGUAAAGAUUGUUUAAAGCAUUAAUUGCAUGAAGAGAAGCAGCCCAACGUUAAAACUGUCAAGUUACUCAAGGGCCACAGAAACAGCUUUCUCCCUGUAGCUUAACAGAGAAGAAAAGAAAAAAAAACCCAACAAAACAAAAGUCUGGCCAGUUUUCCUUGGGUGGCUACUGUGCCAGAGGGACAGUAAAAAGAGGGUUUAAGGGAUUACCUCUGGGCAUAAGGGCAGGUCACGUAUUCGUGCAUCUUUCACAGUGUACUAGCCAUAGCCUAAAAUGACUUUGCACAACUCCCUCCGUGUAAAUAUCACUCUAUAGUUUGCGUCUCAAUAAAUAGAUCUAAUUGAAAUUUAGGUAUCACAAACUAUAUAAUAUUUAACAAAGAAGUUUUUAGCUUUUGUGUACCCUGUGAAGUGCCACAAAUUUUGUGCAUCUCAAAAUGAAUUUUCGGUCUCCGUACAUGGAAAAAUACUAAAUUGCAUUACAUGCUCUUUUUGGGGGAAGAAGAAAAAAUGAAACCCCAAUAUAUUUGAGUUCCACUGAUGUCUUACAUUGGCAAGAAGUGAUAGAUAAUAUAAAGAUUUCUUCAUUAUGUAAAUGUAUGUCUUGUUGUAUAUAGUUCAAUUUUUCCUGUAUUUAAUUGUAUUCAUGUCUGUCUGUCCCAUCUAUGUUGGACUCUGCUGGUAGGCAAACAGUUCUUUUAACAGGUGGAAAUAAAACUGUCGAUUUGAUCAAUCAGAA